AUGCACCGUCACUUUCCAGCAGCCCUCAUCAAGGCCUUGUUGCUCGCCGUUCCCAGGAUGAGGGAGACCCGGGUUCUGGCGGAGCUCCUCUACUAUGCCUGCACCACCGGCACGGGCCGGCAGACGUUGGGCGAGGAGUAUUGUGACAUCCUGCAGUCUUCUGGCGGCCGCGGCCUGCCCCCCUCCCCGCUCCAGCGCGGGGCCCUGACCCUCCUCCAGUCCCUGGGCCCCUACUGCCUGGAGCGGCUGGGAGCGCCCGUGGACGAGGAGGCCGAAGCCUGGCGCCGCCUGCGCCAGUCCGCGCAGCUGGGCGCGCGCGCAGACGAGGAGCGCGAGACUGAAGAUACUCACCGGGGUGCCUCGCCGGCGCGCCGGGCGUGGGCUGCGCUCGCGCGUCGCGUGCGAGAGGCCCUGCGCGCUGUGCAGGGCGCCGCCGGCUCCCUGGCGGAGCGGCCUGCCAUGGUCGCGCUGCACUCCACGCUGCGCGAGCACGGCGGCGCGCUCCUGCGCUUCCACCUGGCCCUGUUCUACGUCUGGGGCGCCUACUACGCGCUGCCCAAGCGCCUGGCGGGCGUGCGGUACAUCUCCGCGGGACGGGAGGCCGGGGGAGGACCCUCCUACCGAACCCUGGGCUACCUCCUCCUCGCGCAGCUAGGGGCCGGCGGCAUCAUGGCGCUGGUCGCCAGACGCGGCGCGGCACGGCAUGCGGCCGGGUCGGGGCCCGCCGCCGCCAUCGUGCACGCGGCGAUGGUGAACGCGGCGGGCGCGCGCUUGCCGGACGUCCACCCGCCGCCGCGGGCGGCCUCGCUGACCAGCCGGGGCAGCGGUGCGGCCGAGUCGGCGGCCGACGUCGCGCCGCGGCGGCGGUGCCCGCUCUGCCUCUCGGCGCGCGUGGCAGCCACCGCGGCGCCCUGCGGCCACGUCUUCUGCUGGACCUGCAUUGCGGAGUGGGCGGCCCAGAAGCCGGAGUGCCCGCUGUGCCGCUCCGACUGCCCCACCUCCAGCCUGGUCUGCAUCACGCACGCAGAUUUUUGA